CUUUUCUGUCAUUGCCGCAAAGUGGUUUACAGCGUGUUCAUCAGGCGACUCACAUGGGAAGAUCGUCUCUAUUCUAAAUUCCUAGUGUCACCAUGGACGGAAAGCCCAAAAAGAAGACGUUUGCUCACAAGGAUGGUAUUAAAUCUAAAGGAGAUGGUGGUGCUAUGACAGGAAAGCCGAAGGGAAAUGUUCCAGGAAAGCGCCCAUUUAAGCCACACAAUGCUAGCAAAGGCAAGGGAGCUCCAGGAACUGGAAAGAAAUUCAGUCCCGAUGGGAAAAAGUUUCAAGGAGGACCUGGGAAAAAGUUCCAAGGAGGACCGGGGAAGAAGUUCCAAGGAGGACCGGGGAAGAAGUUUCAGGGAGGAGGAGGCGGAGGAAAGAAGUUCCAGGGAGGAGGAAAAGGGGGCCCGCAGAAAUUUAUUAAAAAGACAGGAGAUGAUGGGAAAUUCUCCAAGAAGAGAAAGUUACCAGCAGGAAAGGAGGAUGGGGAGGGCUCUGAGGCUAAGAAGCCCAAGUGGGAUGAGUUCAAACAGAAGAAGAAGGACUUGAAGCAGAAUCGUCAGCAGAAUGAGAGGAAAGAAACAUUCCACAUCAUUAGCCGAGCCAAGCAGGUGUGGGAGAUAGUCCGGAGGAAAGACUGUGACAAAGAGAAGAGAACCAAGCUGAUGAAGGAGCUGCAUGGCCUUGUACAGGGGAAGAUUAAAGCUAUUGCCUUUGCACACGACUCAACACGAGUGCUCCAGUGUUUCAUUCAGUUUGGCAGCGAAACACAGAGACAAGAAGUGUUUGAUGAGCUCAAAGAGCACAUUGUGGAGCUCAGCAAGUCAAAAUAUGCCAGAAAUAUCGUUAAGAAGUUUUUAAUGUAUGGGAGUAAGCAGCAGGUGGGGGAGGUGAUGGUGGCCUUUAAGGGACAGGUGCGUCAGAUGUUGCGGCAUGCAGAGGCCUCGUCGGUGGUGGAGUACGCCUAUAACGACAAGGCCAUCCUCUCCCAGAGACUCAUGCUCACAGAGGAGCUCUACGGAAACACAUUCCAAGUACUUAAGUCCUCGGUUUGUCCCACGCUAGACAAAGUUCUGGAAAGUAAUCCAACCAAAUUAGACAGCAUCAUGGAGGAGAUGAAACUCAUUCUCACGCCAAUGUCACAAAAAGAAGCAGUCAUCAAACAUUCCUUGGUCCACAAAGUGUUCCUGGAUUUCUUCCUUCACGCCCCUGCCAAACAGAGAACGGAGAUGAUUGAGUCCAUCAGGGAGUCAGUGGUUUACAUGGCCCACACACACGACGGCGCACGGGUGGCUAUGCACUGCCUAUGGCACGGAACACCCAAGGACAGGAAAGUCAUCAUCAAAACCAUGAAGACGUACAUAGACAAAUUUGCCAUGGGUGAUUAUGCAAAUCUCGUACUGCUGGCUGCCUUUGACUGCAUUGAUGACACAAAACUUGUCAAACAGCUGAUCAUAUCGGAGGUCAUCUCGUCGCUGUCGGAGGUGAUCGGUAACAAGAACGGCCGUAAGGUGCUUCUGUACCUGCUGAGCCCUCGCGACCCCGCCCACUUCCUGCCAGAGAUCACACAGCUGCUGGAGAAGGGAGACGGCAACGCACACAGUAAGAAGGACACGGCGGUGAGGAGACGAGAGCUACUCGAGGCCAUCUCUCCCCCUCUGCUGGAGCACCUGACGGAGAACGCCCGUGCCAUGACAACGGACAAGGCGUCCUGCGUUGCCGUGAGCGACAUCCUGGGCGGGGCACUGGGUGACCUCCGACCCGCCAUGGAGGCGGUGGCCCAGCUGGCCGCGGACGAGUUCACACCCGGGGGAGUGGACGGACAGCUGCACAUGGUGGAGCACCCUGCAGGACACCUGGUGCUCAAGUGGCUGAUCGAACAGGACUCCAAGAUGAAGGAGGCCGGCAGAGAAGAGCGUUUCUCCCGGGUGCUGUUGGACAAGGUGGGCCUGGAGAAGAUGACUGUCUGGGCUAAAGUCAACCGCGGAGCCAUGGUGCUUGGCUGCCUGCUGCAGAGUGCGGAUGAGGAGGUGGCGGAGGAGGUGAAGCAGGCCCUGAAGGCCCUGGUGCCGGAGCUGAAGGACGUCCAGAACUCCAAAGGGGUGGAGGCACUGCUGGAGAAGCUCAGCUAAGGCAGACCGCUAAACACUUAGAGUGCGGUACAAUAUGCGACCUUGCCUCCUCCACUUGUGCUUGUGGCCUCACGUUUUGCUGAUGCCCCGCCUCCAUGGAGAAAACAAUUAAGUUUCCUCACUGUGAGCCUAGCCACAACAAUUUUUUGGGGGACUAUUCUUCAUUCACCAUCCAGUUUGCAAAUGAGAAAAAGACUUUACAAUUGAGCUUUUGCGAGAUAUUGAAAUAUAAUGCUGUUGUCAGUGAUGUCAUCAUGACAUAUUACUUCCUGGUACGAGGAAACAAGCACAAGUGGAGGAGGCAAGGUCGCAUAUUGUAACGCACACAUACACUCAGACUGGCUGGAGUUCAAAACUAGUUCCUCACAUCCUUUCCUGUUGCCUGUGACCUCUUGCCUCGGCAUCGCCACACCUCCGUGGAGAAAAAAAUAAAAUCUCUUCAAUGUCCACCUAGGCAGAACAUUUUUUUGCAAAUAAGAUUAUGACUUUUUGAUGAUUUUGAAUUGUGCUUUUGUGAGAUAUUGAAUAAAUAUUUCGCGUUGAGCCUUACAUCACCAGGCAUCAAGCAACAGGAAAGGAUGUGAGGAACUACAAUGACUUGUACCCGUUGACUGAGGUGGGUUGGCAAUGAGCAAUGGAUUCUGUUUGGGGUUUUUUUUGUUUUUGUUAUGGAAUUGUAUAAGGACACAAUGGCCACGGGACAACAACAGCGAAUGCCACAUGUAAAAAAAAAAAAAAAAAAUAGACUAGAAUUAAGGUUGUAAAAUUUGACAUGUAGCAAAUGAACCAAGCUUGUAUUUGACAAUGUCAGUCAGAGGUCAUUGGGGUAAAACGGUCUGCAAUCCACAUUGUAUUGUGAAGAAUGAUAUUGCCAGUAUACUGUUCACAAUUUUCCGUGUGUCUUUAUGUACCCAAACUGCCCAUUUUGCCCUGUGCUGGCAACAUUUUAUGUGUCCAAACUUGUACAUACAACAAGGAUCUAGAGAUUCAAGGAACAACCUACUUGAACCAUUUUUGUCUGUUGAAAAUGUGACCAUGAUAUCAUGAUUUUUAUGUAUUUAAAUAUAAAUACCUUACUAAUA